AAUUCAUUCCAAGAAAAUGCCCGCAUUUGCAAGAGAUCAUUCAGAUGAAAUCAAAUUGAUCAAUUGAAAUAAUUGGCCAAGUCAGUGGAGCGCAACGCUCAUCUCUAUGCCGGAGCAGAAGCAACGCUGCGCGCAUGUGUAGAGCGAGAGCGAACAACGCUCGCUUUGCAUAGAUAGCUCUCGGCGGCCAGCUGCGAACGCUCCACUCGGCAGGGGAGUGUGUGGGGGCAGAAUUUGCAAGUUUUUAUUUAUUACUCAUCCAGCGAGUAUGCAGUCAUCGAAAGACUCGUGAAAACCAGGUCCAGUUGCAGGUCCAAGUUCGAGCUCGUUGCAUAUGCGCAUAUUUUGUUGUAACAUAUGUGCAAUUUGUUUGUUGUGGGCGACCGAGCAAAGCGAUAAAGUGAAUGCGAAUUCGAUACACACCAAGCCAAGCCAAGCCAAGCCAAACCAAGUCAAGUCAAGCCAAUUGCGUGCGAGUGUGUGCGUGCCAUUGUGUUUGUGAGUGCGUGAGUGUUUACAUAGAGCUGAAGUGAAGCCCCAGCUCCCCCAUCGAUAGAUAGAUAGCAAAGCGCCAGCUGCUGUGCGUAGCUGAAUUCCCACACAGUUGAACGACGCUCGAUGCCCGGCUUCCAUCUCAAUGAAAUGGGGGAAAUGGUCUUGGACGCCAUCGAUGACAUUGGCGUGGUCGAUGUCUACGAUCUGGCAUCGGAUAUUGGCAAGGAGUAUGAGCGCAUCAUGGAUCGCUAUGGCACCGAUGCGGUAAGUGGUCUGAUGCCCAAGAUAAUUAACACGCUGGAGCUCCUGGAGGCAUUGGCGACGAAAAACGAGCGCGAGAACACCACCAUACAGGAGCUGCGCGAGAAAAUAGCCCAGCUGGAGAGCGAGAAACUGGAGAAGGCCGAGUUUCGGCGGCGCUUCGAAAAGGAACUGGAACUGAUUGAGGAGCAGUGGCGCAGCGAGACGAACGAGCUGGUCGAACUGGUCUCCUCGCUGCAGGACGAGAACAAGCGGCUGGUGAAACAGACGCAGGACCUGCAAUCGUCAUCGGCCCAAAGCUCCGGCCUGGGCGCCAGCCUCACCGAGAGCAUCAUCAGCAUGACCAACAACGAGCUGCACAGCGCCCUCUCCGACACGCAGGUGCUGCAGCGGCUCAAGGAGCAGAUAUACAAGCAACGGGACGAGCUGAAGCAGCGCGAGCGCGAACUCCAGGACAAGUACAGCGAGCUGGAGCAUGUCAACAUUCAGGCGGAGCGCUUGAAGGCGUCGGAGCGGGAUACGCGACGCCGGCACAAGCUGAUGCAGGCACAGGUGAAGACGCUGUGCGAGGAGCGUGCCGAUUUUCUCGCCCAGCUGCAGGAUCAGUGCCGUGAGAUCAAUCAGCUGCGCAAGCGUCUGGGUCUGGCCGAAAAGGAGAACGAGGAUUUGGUGCAGUCGUACGAUGACGACCAAAACGAUCCAAACCGGCCGCGCUAUACGACACGAGARCUGAAGGAGCUGAUCAGCGAACGGGACGAGCUACUCACAACCAUUGACAACCUCAACGAGCAGCUGGCCGAGCUGAAGCCAGCGAACAGCGGCAAGCGGACUCGCCAAAUAUCCAGCUCCGAUGACAGCGACGACGACGACGACGACAACGAGGCCGACGAUGGCGUUGAGGCCGAUGUCGAGGAUGAAAAUGUCGCGGGCGAGACGCCUCCGGGACACGAUGCGCCCGUACAGGGACCUUUGCCCUAUGAGCCAGACGAUGCACCCUGGAAGAAAAGCUCCGAGUCGGGCAUACGCAAAUUCUUUCGUAAACUGUUCUCGGAUCCAUCGGAUGGCAGCAACACAUUCCCGAAACGUUCCUUGGCCACGCUCUCGAAAAUGGCCCUAUCCGCUACGCCCGGCGAGCUGAAUCCCUGUCUGUCCUUUGCUAUUAUGUUUUAUAUGCUCGCUAAGUAUUUACCGAUUUCUUUUAUGAUGUACAUAAUUUAUAUAAUUGAUUGCUGUGCUCUCAUAAUCAUAAGUUGUUAUUUCUGUUUUACGUGAUUGUUUAAUAUGUAAUUA